GCCGUUACGACCUGCCCGUCAUGAAAGUAACGAUAAAGAACUGGAACGCCAUUGCGCAAUGGCGCUGGGACAUCGGCAAAGAAUUCGACGAGACCGACGACGAGGACCUGUGUGGCAUCUGCCGGGUGGCGUACGAGGGCUGCUGCCCGCGCUGCAAGAUGCCCGGGGAUGAUUGUCCCGUCCUGUGGGGCGAAUGCGGUCACGUCUACCAUAUGCACUGUAUCAUGCAGUGGAUCGAGCAGCAGCCUCCAAACAAGCAGAACUGCCCUAUGGACCGUAAACCCUGGAUCACCGCCGAGCGAAAGACUGCCAACACGGCUACCCAGCAAACCCAGGCUGUCCAAUCAUAGCCUUGUAACAACGGAGAGCGAGCGGCUGUUUUCAGCGAGUUGAUGCAUGUGGUUCCAAUGUGUAUAUAAUGUACUAUUAU